AUGGAUCCUCUGUCCCCUUUGCGUCUACAAGCAUUAUCUGGUCACUAUCAACUCUUUGGGCUUUUUCUACUCAUUGUGUAUAUAUGUUCUGCACAGUUUGCCCCAGAAUGCUACCCGGGAGGACAUCAAGUUCUCCGGAACCCUUCCCGAAGCAUUCACUUCGAUUCUAUUCAGCUCCAGCAGUUUGCAAUCCAAGACCUCAUAUGUGAUCAUUCACUGACACCAGGAUGGUAUCGCUUCAUGAUUCGAGACAAGCCAGCAGAAAUUCCAACAAACUGUAUAGAAAUGAAUAAGUGUGGCACACAAGCUCCUGUUUGGCUUUCCCUUGACGGUUCCAACUCGUUGCCUCGCCGUGGUGAGAUAAAGAAAUUAACGGCCUGCGCUACAUGGCAGUUCUCAGGCAGCACCCAAGACUGUUGCUUAUUUCGGAUCCCUGUCUCUCUAAGGAACUGUGGAGCCUUCUUUAUCUAUUACCUUCAACCUACUCAGGGAUGCAUGGGUUACUGUGCAACUGAAGUCUUUGCAGAAACAAAGUCAGCACCCUGUGCUCCUGGAGAAGUGGAAAUAAAUGGGAUUUGUCGAGCCAGGCUUCCUAAUUUGCCUACUAAGCCACUGAUUACACCUGAGUUAGUAGGCACCAGUAUCCAUCUGAAGUGCGCUUAUGUUAGCCCAGCGAUAAAUGGCAGUGUGGGAUAUGUGGUGGUAUGGUCCCGGAUUUCCUCACUUCACAUGAAGGAAGAGCUAAAGAGAGACACGACCCGACAGAUGUUCUCAUUUGUGGAGAUGGAUGGUACUUCUUUAAGACUGGGGGACACGGUAUACUGCAGUGUAUCAAUUUUCUUGCGGGACUUUCCAGAUAUACACAGCUCAUCCAAGAGUAGUGAACCAUUCUUUGCUGGAAUUAAGUUUGAGCCAGAAUCUUUGCACAUCGCUGAAGAUGAAAAGGAGCAUCCUCUGUUGAUCAAAAGUACUAUUCCUAUCCCUUGCCUGGAGAACAGCCAGAAUCUAAACAAUUGUAAAUUAACUCUGCAGCUAACCAUCAAUGACUCAGACAGUCAGAUUUCUUCACUCCUAAACGUAGCACUGUCCUCAUGCCAGGUGGAUUUAAUAUGGAUGCCUUGUAUGGCUGGGAGUUGUGCAAGAAGUACUCUGUUUGUGACAGCUGUGACAGACUUUGCUCGAGAUGGAAAUCGUGUCAGCAAUAUUAGGAUUGAGCCUAUUAAAUCAAACAAUUUCUUGUGGCAUGGUUACACCCCAAAGGAUAUGAAGGUCACUGUACAGGACAUUCCAACAGGAAAUUGUUAUUCGUUCACUGAUCCCCAUAUUAUUACAUUUGAUGGAAGACGAUAUGACAACCAUAAAACUGGGACUUUUGUGAUGUAUAAGAGCCUCUUGCGAGAAUCUGAAGUUCACGUACGUCAAUGGGACUGCGGCAGUCGCCAUUAUGCUGUGUCGUGUAACUGUGGAGUAGUUGCCAGAGAAGGUGAUGAUAUCAUUGCAUUUGACAUGUGCAAUGGACACUUUCAGGAGACCAGGCCUCACCUGUCAGUCAAAAGCAGUGGAUCAGAACCACAUCAUGUCAAAAUAAUGGAUGCACACCAUGGGAAGAAAAUCACGAUCCUGUUUCCAUCAGGGGCAUUUGUCCGUGCAGACGUAAGCGACUGGGGAAUGAGCAUAACAGUACGGGCUCCCAGUGUUGAUUUCAACAACACUAGGGGGCUCUGUGGGAUCUUUGAUGGCAAUAGUAAUAAUGACUUCCAUGGUGCUGAUGGGAAACCCAUGGCAGCUGCACAUUGGAAUAAUGACCCCACUGAUUUCAUUGAGGAAUGGAGAGUACAUCCAGGGGAAAGUUUGUUUGACAAGACACCAUCCCACUCUGUGAAAGAGAAAAGAAGAAAUUACUGCAAGUGUCGGAAGAAAUAUACAAUGCCCCUCCAUUCCGUGAACAAGUUCACCACUGGCUAUGGCCAUUCUCACCUACUGUCUAGUUGCAAUGCCUAUGAAAAUGUGGAUUACACUUCAUUAGUUCCUUAUUUGGAUAUUACGGCAGAAUACAUAAACAACCCAGGGCAGUCCUUGUUCAGAAAGCGUGACAUUGUCCAGUCUUCUGAGAGGUCAGAUGGACAUAUGGCCCUGCUGAAAUACAUUCAAUCACAAAGCGCCAAAGAAUUCACCACCAAAGGCAAGUCACUUACAUUUACUGAUCACUUAGUGAGAUAUUCCAGAUGGCCAGACGUAAUGGAUUUUUCUGAACCAGAGGUUAUGCUGCACAGGAUAAGAAAUCAGCGUCCUUUUAAAUUCUUACCAACAUUCACAUUCCAGAGCUUAAGCCAAACCGAUCUGGAAAGCUUUACUUACUUUUUCCCAGAAGACCAUCUGUCCAGGAAUCGACCUGGUGUGCAACCAACAUGGCCAACUCCAAGUGGACUGACAUCAGUUAAGGCCCUAGAGGUAUGCCAACAAACCCUGGGGAACUCUACCACUGGUGUAGUGUGUCAUGACCUUCUUGGAAGAAGGCUUAUUGAGGCUGUGGAUAUGUGUAUCUCAGACAUGCAGCUUAAAGAUGAUCUUGCUUGGGAGGAAGGGAUGCGACCUUUCCUUGACAAUGAAUGCGAAAGAAAACUUUUGGAAAGUAAGGUUCAGUGGGCCCAUGGAACAAAUGAUCCUCAUGUUAAAGAGAUUGUUAGAGCUCUCCGUUGUCCAAACUCAUGCAGUAACAAUGGACAUUGCACAGCAUGGGGUUGCCAGUGCUUUGUCAAAUACAGCUCCUAUGACUGCAGUAUUUCCAAUGAUUGGCCUCCUGAGAUGACUGAUCUGGAGAAUAGUGGCUUCUGUGAUAUGCGAAUCUAUGAAUGCAACAGAAUCAGAGUAUUUGGCCUGCGCUUCAGGGACUCCCCUCACCUCCGGUGUGAAGUUAUCAGCCUGACGUUUAUAAAUAAUCAGUGGGUUCCAGGAGCUAAGCAUACUACAAAGGCAGAGUUUCUCAGCACCAAAGCUGUUGAUUGCCCAAUUCCAGCAUCACAAAGUACUGAAACUGAGACAGUGGACUUCAUGUUUUCAGAUAAACCUUUUGCCAGAUGGCAAGUAAAGAUUACAAAUGAUGGAUCUUUGUUCAGUAAUUCAAAGAUUUUGACAAUUUAUGAUGGCAUUUGCCAGCUCUGUGAUAAUGUUCCAACUGGACUUUGUAAGUUGAAGGAAAAAACAUGCAAUAUAAAUGGACUUUGUUAUAGUGAAGGAGACCCAAAUCCAACAAGUCUUUGUUUGCUGUGCAACCCAGACAUGUCCAAGAUCACCUGGUCCAUUAAUGAAAACAAUCGGCCACCUAUUUACCAAGAGUCUCCAACUAAGCUCCAGACAUUUUUGGGUGAAAAUUUUGUUUACCAGUUCACAGCAGUGGAUCCUGAAGGAUCGGCUGUGCUGUUCUCACUGGAGUCUGCUCCUGAGAAUGUCAGCCUAUCACCUGCCGGCCUUCUGAUUUGGAAAGUGAAUUCCCAAAAUUCAGCCAGCUUUGGCUUUACCGUCUCGGAUGAGUGCAAUGCACAAAGCACAUAUUCGGUUCAGGUUGCCGUAAAGCCAUGUGGCUGCAUAAAUGGUGGAACAUGUGUUACAAAUAUCAAUUUCCCCCCAGGAAGUGGUGAAUACCUCUGUGUGUGUCCUGCCGGAUUUGAAGGGGAGUUUUGUCAAGAAAAUGUAGAUGAAUGCAACUCAAAACCAUGUGGUGUGGGCACUUGUCUGGAUGGUAUCAACAACUACUCAUGCAGAUGUCCAACGGGCCUCACAGGACACACAUGCCAAGAAGAUGUUAAUGAAUGUGAAAAAGUGCCGUGUUUUCCUGGAGUCCCUUGUUUCAAUAGCUUUGGAUCAUACCAAUGUGGAAGCUGUCCCGGAAAGCUGAAGGGUGAUGGCCGAUCUUGCAAAGGUUUAACCACUGUUCCACGGAGCACGAGUACUUGUGCAAAUAAACCCUGCUUCCCAGGAGUUCAGUGUUUUGAUCGAAAACCACCUAAUGUUGGCUUUCUAUGUGGCCGUUGUCCUGUAGGAUUCUUUGGCACUGGGAAGACAUGCAUGAAGAUUCCACGAUUUGUUUCCCCACAUGUUGCAUCAAAACUUCAUCAACGGUGGGGCCCCACCAGAAGACCAAGCAACCUGCCAGGUGGUAACCAGAAAACUAUGCUGGGGCACUUUUCCAUGUCUGGCAGAGCCACAAUGGAAAAAGCAGUUACAAAAGCCAAACCACCUCCAGUUCUCAAGACGGAUAAUCCCUAUGCAGCACUGAGUUUCUCUCCUUCCAUUGCCUCCUUGUCACAGGACACUGGUACUGCUGUCACUGGCACAGCUGCCAUGAGCUCUAGAACUGUAUCUCAGCUGGCUGUUCACCCCAAACCUCUUCAAAGGACAGUCAUUUUUGGGCGGCCUGCCACGUCAGCACUGCGGGCUGUAACUGCCUCUCAAGCUGUUUCCAUUACUCGCUUCGCUAAUGAGUUGGUUCCUAGGGAAACAAAGGUCACCUGUGCUGACAUGCCUUGUUUUAAUGGAGUCCCCUGUGAGCCCACGCAGCCUGGAGGCUUUAAAUGUGGCCGAUGUCCUUUCGGAUACACUGGUGAUGGUGUAACAUGUAAAGCUAUAUGCAGGUAUCCCUGUGGGAAGAAUAUGGAAUGUGCAGCUCCCAACACGUGUCGCUGUAAGCCUGGCUACACUGGGUAUAACUGUCAUAUAGCAAUCUGCCGACCAGACUGCCAAAACAAGGGAAAAUGUGUCAAACCUGAUAAGUGUGAGUGUCCUCCAGGAUACCAUGGCCUGACCUGUGAAGAUGCCCACUGCAUCCCAGCUUGUGAACAUGGCGGAUCGUGUACAGCCAGAAAUACUUGCUCCUGCCACUACGGGUUUGUUGGGCCGAGAUGUGAAACAAUGGUUUGCAAUAGACACUGUCAAAAUGGUGGAAAGUGCACUUCCCCUGAUGUGUGCAAGUGCAAAGCUGGGUGGACAGGCCCCUCAUGUGAAACAGCUGUUUGUACCCCUGUGUGUCUCAAUGGUGGCAUCUGUAUUCGACAGAACGUCUGUAUCUGUCCUCGUGGAUUCUAUGGACUUCAGUGUCAAAAUGCUGUUUGCAAUCCUCCCUGUAAGAAUGGUGGCCAGUGUAUGAGAAACAAUUUGUGCUCCUGUCCUGAAGGCUAUACAGGCAGAAGGUGUCAGCAGAGUGUCUGUGAGCCAGUGUGUAUGAACGGAGGCAAGUGCGUGAGCCCUGACAUUUGUGACUGUCCAUCAGGGUGGAAAGGGAAGCGAUGUAAUCAGCCAAUUUGUCUGCAAAAAUGCCAGAAUGAUGGAGAAUGUGUGGGACCAAGUACCUGUCACUGUCAGGCGGGCUGGGAAGGAAUGCUGUGUCAGAUCCCUAUCUGUGAGCAGAAAUGUUUGUUUGGAAGUAAGUGCAUCAGGCCGAAUGUGUGUGCUUGCAGGAGAGGAUACAUGGGAUUGGCCUGUGCAAAAAAGCUUCCUGUUGGACGUGGAUAAGCUGGAAAUGUUGCAGCUGGUUAUUCUGAGGAGUGAGCAGUUACAGCAAUGGAGCACAGAUUUAUAGAGCUACACGGUG